AGCAGGCGUCCGUAGCAGAGUCCAAUCAUGCAUGGCUCAGCCCGGGGGAGGGUUGUAGUCCGUCUCCUUUGCCAUACUCGCCCUCUCAGUCGCUAUGGGCGACUUCAUACUUUCCCUCACAUGGCAAACUGCGCUUCCUGGAUGGAUAGCAACCAUGCUUGCUUUUUCUCGGCUGGUUCUGACAUUGGAAGACAAUCUUGGUCAGUAAUUUUUCUCAUCCAGUCAGUUUUGGCAGUGGCAGAGUGCCCUGAUCUGUGCUCCGUAGAAAUAUAUAUAUCUUGAAGAGAUAUAGCUAUCCUCUCUUCCUUCUUGCUUCCCUUCGUUUUCGUUUCUUGAUUCCGAGCAGUCUAGAUGAUUGCUGGUAGUUAUUGUUUUCUGCCUGGAACGUUGUCAGACAUCUUGAAGAUGCCAUCUCCUUCGUUUUAGAAAGAUGGACGUGCGGUCUACCCCGACAUACGCGCUUUCAAAGCUUGGAAUAGGUGUAUGUGCCCCUGGACGAGAUAUCUUUGUUAACGGCCGCUGCGAACAAUAUACCCGCCAUUACCCACUUCUUUGUACACUCGGUAUUUCUGGAGCCUUGGGGUAACUCACUAGGCAAACGAAUCCCGGAAUCUGUCAUAUAAUAUCAACAACUUGGACUACACGCGUUUAGCUGUGGUGUUCACUUUUGCUGAAGGAGGAGAUUAUCAAGUCGCGGCUAGAUGCCAACAAAGACAAACUAGGGCAAGCAAGUUGAUACCACAAGACAUCGAUAUGCAAACCAUGGCGACCGAAGAUAACGCUGUCAGUGGACUAACCAUGGCGGACCGGGUUCAAAAAGUCCGCUCUCGCCUUUCCGCUCUUUUUGCUGGAGGUUCUCCUCCUGGCUCCUGCGGCAUGGAGAAUUCCCGUAAACCCUCACGACUAUCUCCAGCGGAGAUACGCAUGUAUGCGCCCGGAUCAGGUGGAAGUGUACGCGGUGAACGAAACAUCUCGUCAGGAAGAAGGUCUAUUUCGUCGACUGGCUCCGUGAUAGACAACAACGCGCCGCCAAAUGAUAAUAUACUACCAUUCUCACCCCCCAGUACAGAAUCAGGUGGCCAUAUGACAAGCUCACGGGCACAACAGAGAGUCGAGAACCAUAUUCAUAGCGGGGGUGUAUUACUCAAUUGGAUCCAGCGUUCAGUUGAGGCUCACCCUCACCAACCAAAACACAAGCCAAGUCGCGACAAAUUGGCGGGAUGGCUGCUCUGCACGCGGCCGCGGGUGAAAGCCAGAUCAACAAGGAGGAAACUUAUAGAUUGCGCCAUUUCAGGGAUCCUUCUAGCCAGUGUGCUAACAACAUAUCUUGUCCUUGCCGUCACUUCUUCAGGAAAGAAGUUUGAAUUUCACAUCAUUCUAAUUAUUGCCUUGAUGGCUUGUACAGUAUAUUUCUGCCAUUCGCUCAUCCGAUUGCUGAUGACGGCGAAACGACGCCAGGUGCGCCGGCGACAGGUGCAUUAUGACCAACUUACCCGGGGCCCUGAUAUGGUUGAGAGCUUCACCCAUAUUGAUCGACCUAUCCCAGUCAUAUUUGCAACUGAUUUGGAGAUGGGCCUCGGAACCGAGGCUGUGGAGGGCGAAAACAAACCUGGCCAAAUCUCCAUUCCACCUCCAGCAUAUGGCCUUUGGAGGGGCAGUGUGAAGAUGGACCCAAGCCGGCUUUACUGGCAACGUAUUGACCCGCAGAAACCCAAUCGUUGCCACUCUCAGAGUAUGAGCGAGCCCCGACCGCCAAGCACAAACCGGCCUCCUAGCUAUAUCUCGGACGAGGGGGGCCAGCCGUCCAUUGUUGUCAAUCUCCAACCCCAAUUACAGAGUACUUUCACAAGCUCAACUACAGUGCCAACCGAGCAAUAA